CAACUGCACACAUCAGAGAAAAAAGAGAGAAAGGAUGACAAAGAAAAGCUCAGUGCUGCAUUCAAAACUCCAGGAACUCUCAUCCAUACUGGAUGAUCUGUUGCUGCAUGCCCCUGAUCAGACACAGUCCCAUGAAUCUCUCUCCAAAGACAUAAAGAACAAGAUUGCUUUCAUUCGGAAAUUGUUAUCUGCUGAAGUUGCUUCCAAUUCUCAAUCACCAUUGUCAUCAAGUCCCCACCAUCUGCACCACAUUUCCGAGAGACUUGCCUCCUUGGAGAAAGCCUUUCAUGCAUGGAACACUCAUCAGACACUGUCCCCUGAAGACAUCAGCAUCGACAAUGAUUCUACCUGCUCUUGCUCCAAUGAUGAAGACGGAGAAGAAGAAGAAGAAGAGGUUUUUCAUGAUGAUGUUGGCGACACUGACAAGGAUAUGGUGGAAUUUCAUGAUGAGAGGGAGAUAACAAAGGUUGGAUUUGAUAGGAUCGCAUCUUUUGCUAAUUAUGAAGAUGCUAAGGAAUUUUUUGAAGGUUCUUCUAGAUUAAGGGUUGAGAGAAAAGAAUUGGGAAGUAAGGAAGAAACAAGAAGAGGAGGCAAUAGUGCAUGUUAUGCAAAAGCUUGUGGGUUUAUGUUAGGGAUGUUCUUGAUGGGAUUCAUCAUUCUUAUUUUCUGUGGCUGUUUUGAUCCUUCUGUGGAGCAACAUAGUUUUGCAGCACUUCCAACUUAGCCAACUUCAAUGGGGUGACAAAACUCCCCUGGAAUCCGCACUGCUAUUGCCCCCUAUUGGAAAUUUGAAACGGAGAAUAUUUCUAUGGAAAAAUUAGUGUAUGAAAAGAAUAAAUAGUAUAUGAAAGGAAUAAAUAUAAGAAAGAUAAAUUUUUG